UCCAGGCCCAAGCCCAUGACUCACCAGCUGUCCAGUCCUGAUUUCCAUGGUGAGGAGAAGAGCGAGCAGGUGACCAGCAUUGGCCAAAUCAAACCGGAACUCUACAGACUGCGUGGGGGCGACCAGGGGGAGGGGAAAACGGGGGACAAUUGCAGCAAGAUCAGAUUCCUCCUGCGCUACACCUUUAAUACAGAGCAGCUAGUGGUGAAGAUCCUGAAGGCUGUAGACCUGGCUGCCAAGGACGCCAACGGCUUCUCAGACCCCUACGUCAAGAUCUACAUACUGCCAGACAGGAAGAAGAAGUUCCAUACCAAGAUAACACAGAAAAAUACCCUGAACCCGAUAUUCAACGAGACAUUCCAGUUCGGCGUGCCCUUGGCAGAGCUGCACUCCCAGAAGCUGCACUUCUCCGUCUACGACUUUGACCGCUUCUCCAGACACGACCUGAUUGGCCAGGUGGUAGUGGACAACCUGCUGGACUUCAGUGAGGGCACCGGGGAGAAGCCUGUCUGGAGGGACAUUGUGGAGGGCACCAAAAUAAAGGCUGACCUGGGGGAGCUGAACUUCUCUCUGUGUUACCUGCCCACGGCAGGUCGGCUCACCGCCACCGUCAUCGAGGCCACCAACCUCAAAGCCAUGGACCUCACUGGCUUCUCAGACCUGUAUGUGAAGGCUUCUCUGAUAUGUGACAGCUGCAGAUUAAAGAAGAGGAAGACAUCCAAUAAGAAGAAUACGUUGAAUCCCACCUACAACGAGGCUCUGGUCUUUGACAUCCCCCAUGAGGACAUCGACAGGGUGUCAAUUGUCAUCGCUGUCAUGGACUACAGAGGGAAAAAACCCAACCAGGACUAG